UUUCGCCCCUGCUGGUGGUGUGAUCAGGGAAGAAAAGGAAAGGAGAAUAAGGGGGCGCUGCUUUUCCGAUCCCCCCUCACCCCUCUCCCUCCCGCCUUCGACUUCCGAUGCGAGUGAGAUCGCAGACCGCGCCCUCCAUCGCCGAUCCGCAUGUGUUCCUAUCAGGAGACCAACACGAUUGGAUCUUUCUUCCUCUUUCGUUGUUAACCUUCCAUCGGAACCUCUGUCUGUGAAAAAUCCCGUAUUUCUUUGGUGCUUUUUCGCGCAAGAUUAACCCAUCUUUGUCCAUUCUUGGUUCCCCCCUCAGACCCCCGCAAUCCCUUCUUUGAACCCUGUAAAAUUCCCUUUUUUUUUUGUUCGGUCUCUCUUUUUUGUUGGAUUUGGAGCUCGUCUUCUUCGCCUCGGUUGGACCCCGAGGAUUUAGGUUUAGGGAUAGGCGAAUCGGACUGUGGAGGCCUUCUUUGGUGUUCUGGAGAUCAGUUUUUGGGCUGUUGUUGUGUGGAUCUUUGUGGCUCCCGGAGCGCUGGGUGUUCCUUGCUGGGUUUCGUUUCCGUGUUGAGAAAGAAAAAGGAGGGUGUUACUUGAUCUCAAAUCGCGGUUACAGGGACUAGGGUUCGUCACGGUCUGAGGCACAGAAAGAAGACUGCGCUUUAAGAUUCGGGCGGGUUCGUCCGGGUUCCGGUAGAUCGGUUCAUCGAUUUCUGCAGCACCGUUUUGGUGUUUUUGGUGGUGGGCGGUGCUGUACUAGCGGGAACUGAUCUCGAUUCUUUCUGGUGCUUGUGACCUUCUCUUAUUGACCGUCUGUUGUUGGUUAACACCCAGUUCGAGGGUUCAUCCGGUUGGCUCGAAUAAUUGCUGGUGGUGAGUUGUGUCGAGAGCAAUGGAGAGGAUCUGAAUCUGGAAAUGUGUGUGAGGACAUGGUGCAGAGGCAGGAGCAUGGGCGGUGGUCCGUUCCCUUACUGGAACAGUUAUACUGCAUACUAGGAUUUCUAGUCAACCGAGGCUUACCGUGCAAUGUCUCGCUGCUUCCCAUUCCCACCACCGGAAUAUGAAAAGAAGACAAGUAGUGGCCACGUAGACUUACUAGCUGAGGACAAACACAAAGAGAAGAAGCAUAAAAAGGAGAAGAGUGACAAAGGGAAGAGAGAAGGCAAAGAGAAAAAAGACAAAGAUCGAAGUAAAGAUAAACACAAGGAGAAGAAAGAUCGAAAAGAAAGGCACAAAGACAAGAAAAAAAAGGAUCAGGACAAGGAUAAACUAAAGACACCAUAUGAUAGGGCUGACAAACAGACUGAUUCUCCCAAUGGAGAUAUGGUUGGAGAAUGCAGUUGGAAGGCAGAGGCAAUUAAACAUUCUAAAUCUACCGAGGAGUUGGGCAGGAAGAUCAAAGAUGGAGAUAAAGUGCCAGCAAACAGGAAAGUUGACAACUUCAGUGGCCCAGUUGAAAAAAGCAUUGGUACCUUUGCUGCGUCUGCAGUGUUUAAGGAAAGAGUUCCAACUGAUAAAAGUAUUCCAUCCUCUGUGGAUGCUCCACAGGGUAGAAUUGAUGGCUUGGAAAGGUCAGCUGACAAAAUUGCUAUUUCUAAUCAAAGAAGAAAUGAGGGUUUGGUCUCUUCACAUGUAUCACAGAAGGAAAGAAGUACUAGUGACAAGUUGGCGCCAGAUCUCAAUAGUACAGCGCAAAGAGGAAAUGGUGGUAUGGCACUACCUCUGGAGAAAUGGAUGGAUUCUGUUCCAAGACAAUUUGAGGGCCCAUACCCUGCAGCUGCUAUGGAAAUUGAUAAUUACAAGAGUAACAAAGUUACCUCAAGUUCCACUAACGCUGUUCAAAGAACCACUAAUGGGAUGGGUCAGCCAACGCAGAACCUUUCCACUCCUAAAAAUGUUGCCUCCAUUGGCCUUGCCAGUAAGAUGGAGGACAGAAGAGAAGUUAACAAAACUGAUCCAAACCAUGACCUUAUGGAUCAAAGAAGAAUUGAUAGGAUGGGCCGAUCAGUGGAGAAGGAUGCAAACAACAGGAUUAAGGAGGAGAAAGCGAGGAACACAGAGCGGGAAGCUGAUGAUAGGAGAGAAGAUAGACAGAGGGAUAAGGAUCAUGACAAGAAGAAGAUCAAGGAUAAAGACAAGCACAAAGGGAAAGAAAAAGAAAAGGCGAAAGUAAAAGAGAAAGGUGAACAUAAACAUAAAGAACAAAUUGGGCCUAGAGAUGGCAUGAAAAAGGAUCAGUCAGAUAGUCUCAAUCUAAAGCCUUUAGCCCCUCAGAGAGAUAAUGCAAAAAAUUAUCCUAUCAAUGAUAAUUUCAAGAAGAGAAAGGAAAUGGAUAUAAAUGGGUUCCAUAGUGAGAAUAAUAUGCGGAUUGACAAGUGUCCAAGAACAAAUCCUUCCUCUCACCUCCGUGAAGAGAAUGGGAGGACACUGGAAUCAUCCCAUAUUGCUACAGUUUUUCCUUCAGUAAAACCUGAAGCCAUAAGGUAUACGCUGACGGUAAAACCUGUAGAUAACAAGGAACACAAGAUAAAUGGCAUUGCAGAAGCUCAGCCAUCCUUGUCUGGCUUGACGCAUCUGGUUGCUGCAAAGAAGGGUGCAGCUGGUAAAGUUGAUACAAGUCCUCACCCGGACUCCAUGUAUCUCAACCAAGUAUACUCUAUCCCCAUAGUGGAUGAAUGGCCUGAAUAUGAUGACCAAGAGUGGCUUUUCAGCAGCUGUCACCUUCAGCAAAAGCCGAAGUCAAAGCUUGGGGGCAAUGAGGUCCCCCAGGUAUGGUCUGAGGCACUAAAAAUCGAGCAAGAGGAUGUCAUCGCUUUGCCUUAUGUUGUUCCUUACUGAUGCCAGUUAUUCUCAUUAUGCCUGAUUCAUCUUAAAAGAUAUGGCGGCAUGAAUGAAAAUAGUUGAUCUGUUCAUUUUGCUGCCUUCGGUUCCUCCA